AUGUCUGAUAAACCCGAUAUGGCCGAGAUUGAGAAAUUAGGUGAGUUGAAACUGAAGAAGACAGAAAUGCAAGAGAAAAAUCCACAGCCCUCCAAAGAAACAACUGAACAGGAGAAGGAAGCAGGCAAAUUGUAA